AUGAACGUACGGGAAAACGACACGGAUUUCCACGUAAAAUAUAAUUAUUCUAUUAAUUAUAAUGAUUUUAACGAAAUACUUUACUCGGAAAAAAAUGUUGAAAAACUUAAAAAUGUUUGGAUUCAAUGGUUUGAUGAACUUGAAAAUCAAAAUAAAAAAACCAAAUAUGAUUUUGUACAACAGUUAUCAAUAUUAGAUUUAGAAGCAGAACAAAAUGGUGCUGAAGAAUUGGCAGAUUAUUGGUUAAAAGAUGUUGAUGUGACUUGGAUAAAUUAUGAAAAAAUCAAAGAAUUAUGGGAUGGCAUAUCACCUUUGUACAAUAAAUUAAAACAUUUUAUGAUAUCAUUAAUUGUUCAAAAUUACGGUACGAAAGUUUUAGAAGAUGGUAAAUUCAUACCUCCACAUAUUUUAGGAUCUGUAAAUAGUCACGAUUGGGUGACGGCAGCUGAAAAAUUAGGAGCUUUUGAUAAUUUGGAUAUUUACAAAGAAAUCAAAUCCAAAUUGGAAAGUAAAAAUUUCACAGAAUUGUACGAAAUAGCUGAUAAUUUGACAUCGGAACUACAAAUAGUAUUAUAUGAAGCUAUGGAAAGUUUUGCUAAAUUAAGAGCAAUAUGGCCGAAAAAUUUACAAAAACAUGAAAUGUUAACGAGCGAUAAUAAUAAAAAUGAUGAAAAACAAAAAAUAUUUAGUUUGAUCGUGAGCGGUCUCGAUAUAAUCGCAAGUCUUCCAUAUUAUUUAGUCAGCGAUUUAUGGAGAAUAAAUGCAUUGCAAGAAAUUGAUUCUGCUGUUGCGGAAAAUGCUGCUGAAAAUGUUGGCGAAACGACCAUAACACCAACAUUUUCACCAAUGUCGAAUUACACCAGUGGACAAACCUACGAAAGAACCUACGGGACUACAAAUUUAACGGCAGAUUGGUGGGACUACAGAAAACAAUAUCAAGGUAUCGGAUCACCUGAUGGUAAAUUUUACGAAGAUUAUUUGCUGGAUUCUACGAUUAUUUGGAAUAAACCAUACAUAAGCAAAUUUUUAGGUAAAUUAUUACAGUUUCAAAUAUUGGAAAAUUUAGAAUCUAAUAAUUUCAGCUAUUCGACAAUAAAUUUUGCAGGGCUGUUAAGAAAAGGCAAAUCGAAACCUUGGCAAGUAUUAGUUGAGGAAACAUUUAACAUAACUGAAAUCUCAUCGAAACCACUUUUAAAAUAUUUUAAACCACUAGAAGAAUAUUUAGAUAAAGGAAUCAAAUUUAAAAAUCAAGAACACGUGUUUACCACGGAUGAAUUUAAUUUCGUACCACAAAGUUUAAAUUCAUUAAAUCCUACGAAAAAAAUUUACGGUAAUAAAUAA